AUGUAUUUACAAACACUUGCGAACCGGACAGCGCAAUUAGCCAUUACGAAUAUAGCAGCCAGUGUGGCUUUAUCAGCCAAACUCUCGAUAAUUCAACGGUAUUUUUAUGGACCGCAACAAACGUUACACUGGCAUGUCUGGUUCGGACGGUUGGGAUUAUUACAGGCGCUGUAUCAUGCCACGUAUCAGUUACAGUUCAAUUAUGAACGACAAGGGAGCGUAAUUGGAACGGUGACGACGAAUAUUCGACAUAUCACGGGUACAUUGAUGUUGACAGCCAUGAUGGUACUGUUGUUUGGAUCUCACCCGGUUGUGCGAUUAUUAAGCUAUCGGUUGUUUCGAUGGACGCAUAUCAGCUCAUUUUUUGUGCUGGUUGUUUUUGGAUGCUUACAUCAUUGGUCAUUUUAUUUAUUUUAUGUCACGGUACUUGUGUUUUGGGUGACGGAUCAAAUAGACCGAUCAUACAGCACCAAAUCAUGCAAGGUGGAAUCAUUACCUGGAGAGAUUGUGAAAUUAACGUAUUUAUAUCAACUGGAUGGAGACACCAUACAAGCUAGAAUUAGUCGACCCUUGGGCAGAGGAUUCGAGUUUGAGGAUUAUGAAAGUGUAGUGCUGGUAGCGGAAGGGAUGGGCAUUACACCGUGGAUAUCCGUGUUAGAUCAUUUACAACAUGCGACUGCAAGGACGAGACGGGUCCAUGUUAUUUGGAGUGUUCGAAGUAUUGAUACAUUUUAUGCAUUUGAAAAGGAAUUUAAAGAGAUGAGUGAUAUCGAAUUAAGAAUGCAGUUGUAUAUCACUGGAUUGAUCGAUCCCGAAGAAGAUGUCCAUGUGCCAGAUCAUAUCCAAGUGGGGCAUCGACCUCAAUAUCAAGAAAUUCUGACAGAGAUACAGCAGGAAGAUAAGCAUAAUAUUGCGAUGGGCAUAUGCACACAUGAAGAAAGCAUGGUUAAAGUUAAAAAUAUAGGAUUAUUUUAUUCUUGGGAAGUGAAAAUGGAACGAUUUGAAUUAUAA